CUAUUCUUCGUAAAAUAAUUGGGAAAUGUGGGCCGAGCCACGUAUUAUUUCCCAUCAAUAAGUCCUCCACUUUUUUAAGUUGUGAGAAUCAUCAACUUGAAAAAGUAAACAAGUCCUCCGAGUGCUAUCUUCGAUCUUCGUACUUUGGAUUCUUGACCGGUUGAUAUUGUUGCUAGUCCUCCGAGUCUUCAUUAGUUCUCCAAUUUCUUGAAUCAGAAGUCUUCCAAUAAGAAUGCUGCUGGCCGGGCCAGAUCAACAUUGGAGAAUUAACCAUGUCGGAUGGUUUCGAGCCCUCUCCAAGGCCCAAAAUGCACCCUUCUUCCAGGGCCCCCUCUUCCGGGUGAUUAAGUCUUUUAAUGGCCCUUUGACAUUUACUAUCCCGGGAAGGCCUUAGCUCACCCCCCGUUCAAGUCUUCCCUGAGAAGGGGGAAAUAGGAUGCGCCACGGUGGACGAUCCCCUUCUAUUUCUUUUAAUGGGCAUCUUUUAGUCCCCAAUCAAUUUGACGGCACCGGCUGAUUCCCCGAUACCGGUCAAACCUCAUGGGCCCGUGUAAGUACGGUUCGAACCUUCUUCCAGGUCCAGCCCUCUUGCAGGCAUACCCUCUUCCGGGCCCCUCUUCCGGGUUUAUAAUUUUUUUAUUUUAUACUGAGCAAGACCGGUGUAGUAACCGGCGUACCAAGUCCGGGCCUGUGCCACAGUCUUCCCUUCAAAAUUCUCUGAAAAAAUAUCCUUGAUUGUGCAUGUGCAAAGGCCACUUGUUGAGAUAUGAGUAUUUUAUCUCCAAAUAACACACUGACCGAGAUGUCCAAAUCCAUGCAUCACACAGGCUCAAUUCCAUUUCUUCCUCCGGAAUUUUAUGGAAUCUAAUCGUAUACCCUAGCUGAAGAAGAUUUUUUUUUUCUUAAAGACGAGAAAUUUAUUUCCCUCUUUCUCAGUGAAUUUUGCAGGUGUUAGAUGAUGAAGCCCAGCUCUGCUGAUUAAACCCUUAAAGAUUGUUGUCUUCGACGAUGGAAUCGUUUUCCUGUAAUUAUGCGCCUUGCUCUUAUGCUCUGAAUGUUAGAAGUGAAAUGAUCGAUAUACAUCCGAGUUCUACUCAAUUAAGAAUUCCCACACUAGCUGGGAAGGGUUUGUGUUAUUCUGUAAUAAGACCUGUCUGUUUGAGGAGAAAAUGUUCAGAUCUCUCAAGAUCAAAGAAACGUCUGGCUUGCCGAUGUUAUCCGACUGUCAGUGCUGUUAAAGAUUCAAGUUCAUGUUGGAGUGGGGACUGUGAUUCCUAUGUAAUUGAUGAUGCUGGAGAAGCAGUUCGAAGGGUUUUCAUUCCUGGUGUGCCAAAUGAGGCGAAGGGUGAUCAUGUCGCUUCAGUUAGCAGUUCUUUCUGGGAAUGGAAGCCGGAACUGGUUGUUCAUUAUGAGAAAUCUGGGUCUGAAAAUGUGAAUUCCCCACACGUGCUUUUUCUUCCCGGUUUUGGUGUCGGUUCGUUUCAUUAUAGAAAACAACUGAAGGAUCUUGGUUGCCAUUUAAGAGUGUGGGCCUUGGACUUUUUAGGGCAGGGUAAGUCAUUGCCAAGAAAUAACCUAACUUUGCAGGUCGAAGGUGUUGCUGAUCACUCAAACUCUGUUGGAGAAGAUCUCAUGUGGGGAUUUGGAAAUGAAGCUCAACCUUGGGCAAAAGAGCUGGUUUAUUCUGUGGACCUUUGGAGAGACCAAGUUCGUUACUUCAUUGAGGAGGUUAUUAAAGAACCAGUUUAUGUUGUGGGAAAUUCACUAGGUGGGUUUGUUGCGCUGUACUUUGCAGCAAGCAACCCUCAAUUGGUGAAAGGUGUUACAUUGCUAAAUGCAACACCUUUUUGGAGUUUCCUUCCUAAUCCUAUUAAAUCGCCAAAACUAUCAAGAAUAUUUCCGUGGGCUGGGACGUUUCCUCUUCCAAAUUCUAUUAGGAAUGUCAUGAAGGUUUUAUGGCAGAAAAUCAGUGAUCCUGAAAGUAUAGCUGAGGUUCUUAAGCAGGUUUACGCAGACCACUCUACAAAUGUGGAUGAAGUGUUUUCUCAUAUAAUUGAGACAACAAAACAUCCUGCGGCUGCUGCAUCCCUAGCCUCUAUGAUGUUCGCUCCCCGAAGUCAAAUAUCAUUCAGCGAGGCUCUCUCUAGGUGUCAAGAAAACAAUAUACCCAUAUGUCUUGUUUAUGGGAAGGAAGACCCGUGGGUGACCCCAUUCUGGGGUCUACGGGUCAAGAGGCGGAUGCCCGAAGCUCCAUAUUAUGAGAUAAGCCCUGCUGGUCACUGCCCACAUGAUGAAGUCCCUGAGGUUGUGAAUUUUCUUUUACGGGGAUGGAUCAGAAGCGUGGAGACCAAGGGUUCUGUAGCAUUGCCACUGCUUGAUAGCCCAGAGUCUGCUGCAUUUGACACUUCCCGGGAGGUGAAAUUUAUUCGAGGAGAAGUUGAGAAAGCAGUCGAUGUGAAAUUCUAUGGAUCGACGGCUUCACGGUCAGAGUUGGAUAGGUUUCGUUUGUAUCUUGAUUCUCUGUUCAAGUUCAGGAUUAGUAUCCCGAAACUCUUAGGAAAAUCAUAGGUCUUUAUUCAUGUGAUACGAAACAUUCUGUAAGCUGGCAUUGUUGUUAAGUUCGAACAGUGUGUUAUUGUUUAUGUGUGCACAUAUAAUUUUGUUGUCCGCGUAGGUAUUGUAAGAUAUUGGUGUACAAAUGGUGCAAAUCAAAUGUUGCGGAUAACGAAGAUAACGUGGAUCAAAUUAAGAGUCGUGUAGCACUUUCAAAAUUUUGGUCGAAAAAUCAACUGCAUCUUUUAUC